CUUGAUGCCCAUCAUUUUUCAGGGAGAAAAAUAUUCACACAAGGAAAACAUUUCAGACUGUGGCUAACCUUCUCAUGACUGACUGUCCUCUGAGGGUCAGUCAUGUGAAUGGAGUCUGGCAGUGGGCGGUGGCCAAACCUUGCAUUUCACAGGGAAAUGAACAAAACAAUAAAGCAAGAUCGAAACUGACUCUACUGGCCUGAAGUUGUCAAGAGUGUGGUGUGGUGGAGACGGAUCUAAGUUCAGUCUAACACAGAGGAUGGUAAUUUGUUAAAUGAACUUAUAAAACUGAGGAAAAGGCACAAAAUCAAUGACAGACAAUCUUAUGAGAACAAAAAUAUCAAGGCAAUGGUAAACAGGUCAGGUACAGAGUUACAAGUAAUCUGAUAUGCUUAGUAACACAAAAUGGAUGACGGAGGAGGGAGAUGAUUCAGAUACAAAAUGACAAGCACAAAACAAAAAUAAUUGGAAAAAGAAUGAGUAUAUCUUUCAACCUUGACCAAAAGGGAACAAACAAGAAUGUAUUUAUGCAGAGCACCAAAAUUGGUUAAAAAAAAAAAAAAAAAAAAAAACAUAUCAGCACAAAUACCAUGUUGGAAGCAUGAUGAUUUCAGCUUGUUCUACAGCCACAGAGCAUUUUCAAGUCAUAGGCAACAUCAAAACAAUCUGGAGACAAAUGUGAAGCAAUCUGACAGCUGAAACCUGGACAAAAUUUGUCAUCAAUUGGACAAACAUCCCAAACACUGACACAAAUCCACAAUAGAAUAGUUGAACAAGAAGAUUGGAGCAAUUACAAUGGCCUAGUCAAAGAGCAAUUACAAUGGCCCUAGUCAAAGUCUGGACCAUAAGCUGAAAGAAACGUGUCAGUGGGACCUUGAAGGAACUGUCUAACAUAGAUGUUUGCAAACUUAAUUGUAUAAGAUAGAAAUGCUAUGGGAGAUGAUUGGAGCAGAAGGUGGUUCUACAAGCUACUAAUGGGUGUACUAGUGUUUCAUACAUGGUUGUUGCAUUUUGGAUUAAUUUCUGUUUAUUAAAUAACGAAAAUCUAGAGUACGUUGUGUUUUUGUACAGGUUAGAUCUGAAAAAAAAAUUGCAGCUCAUUUUCAUCAUGUCCUGAUACAUUAGAAACAAGUUAUGGUCCACGCAGGCUCGAACAGGUCACUCCAACAAGCCCUUACUUUGAAGAAUCAGAACUGACACUGCUUCCGAGAUGAUCACCUCUCCUCAGGUCCAAUCCAUUGAGCCCAGUCCACUCCACCGCAGCGUGCUUCCUGAUGCUCCGGCUCUCUCGGGCUUGCAUCCUCAGCUGUCACUGCCAUCUCACUCAAACGCCUGCUCCGUGCACGUGAGCGGCAGACGUCGUUAUGGGCUCGUAAACAUAAGCAGGGGAAUAAUGGCUGCACAAGAGCCGUCUCCACCAUCUUCCCUGGAAGGCAACAAGCCGGGCUUCCCAAAGAAAAUUCUGGCCAACAACCUGGAGGACAAGCAUCUGUGCAACUCGUGUCAGAAAAUCCUGCGGAGGCCCCUGCAGGCCCAGUGCGGCCACCGCUUCUGUUCGUUCUGUUUCAACAAGCUGGUGAGUUCUGGACCACAGAAAUGCAGUGCAUGCAUCAAGGAGGACUUGUUUGAGGAGCCCACCUCCAUUCUCAAGCCUGGCGGUGCGUUCCCAGACAACGCAGCUCGGAGAGAGGUGGAGGCCUUGGCAGCAGUUUGUCCUAAUGAAGGAUGCACAUGGACUGGAACUGUCAGAGAGUUUGAGGCGAGCCAUGAGGGCAACUGUGACUUCAUGAUCAUCAUGUGUCCAUCGUGUAAAGAGCUGAUGAGAGCCAAUGAACAGGAGCGCCACAACGAGCGAGAGUGUCCAGAGAGGACACUGAACUGCAAAUACUGCAAAGAGCCAUUCCUCUUAAAGAACAUCAAGGCUCAUGAUGAAAUCUGCCCAAAAUACCCAAUGAUCUGUGAAGGCUGUGCGAAGAAAAAGAUCCCCCGUGAGAAGUAUGUGGACCAUAUUAAGUUCUGCAGUAAAUUUAAAACACCAUGCAGAUUUCAUGUUGUUGGCUGCGAUACGUCUGUGGAGAAGGAAAAGAUCCACGACCACGAGCGGCAGUGUUCAUACGAGCACCUCAACCUGCUGCUGCAUUUCAUCAUGGGCAUCAAGGUGAGUCUGGAGAGCCUCCAACCGCAGACCUUAGAGGUGGCCAGCCAGAAGCUCCAGGUGCUGCACCAGUCCCUCAGAGAGCUGGAGCUGAAGAUGAGCCAGCUGGGUGGGGGCGGCCCCGCUCCCGUGCAGGGUGCAUGCGCUCUCACCCUGGCCACGUCCUUCACCCCGCUGCCCAGCGCCAUGGGUGCCGCCCUGGAGCUGCAGCUCCAGAGCGAGAAGACCAAGGUGGCCGAGCUGAGCCGGCGCUGUCAGGAGCUGGAGCUGAAAGUGAACACGUUUGAAAACAUCGUCUGUGUCCUGAACCGGGAGAUGGAGCGUUCCUGCACCACCAUGGAAGCCUACAACCGCCAGCACAGACUGGACCAGGACAAGAUCGAGAUUCUCAGCAACAAGGUCCGUCAGCUGGAAAGGACGGUCAGCCUGAGGGACCUGUCCAUCGUGGAGAUGGAGGGGAAGAUGAGGGAGAUGUCUGCAGCCACCUACGAUGGCGUCUUUAUCUGGAAGAUCUCUGAUUUCACCAAGAAAAGGCAGGAUGCCGUGGCUGGCCGUGCUCCUGCUAUGUUCUCUCCCGCGUUUUAUACAAGUAAAUACGGCUACAAGAUGUGCUUACGAAUCUACCUGAAUGGUGACGGGACGGGCCGCGGCACACACCUGUCUCUGUUCUUUGUGGUGAUGAGAGGACACAGUGACGCACUCCUUAAGUGGCCUUUCAAUCAGAAGGUUACCCUCAUGCUGCUUGACCAGAACAACAGGGAGCACAUAAUCGAUGCCUUCCGGCCCGACAUCUCAUCUUCGUCCUUCCAGAGGCCCGUCAGCGACAUGAACAUCGCCAGCGGCUGCCCGCUCUUCUGUCCUCUGUCCAAGCUGGACUCCAAAAACUCCUACAUUCGUGACGACACCAUCUUCAUAAAGGCCAUCGUCGACCUCACUGGGCUCUAGAGAAAUCGUAAGAGCAGAAAUCCCAACUUUGCCUUUUGUUGCGACUAACCUGUUCAUCAACCGGCCUUCGUAUUAGCAGUAACCAGCACUUCUCUCUGGGAGGUGUUGUGUCGUUUGGUUUUGGAAUCAGUUGUUGUUGACAAUAUGCAAGAUAUCAUUUUUUCUUUGUUGGCUAUUCAAGUCCUUCAGUCUCUGUUUUACCAAUCAGAAGGAGCUUUUAUGCAUCAAAGUUGUGACUAUUCACCAAAGUGACUGCAGAACUUUAAACAGCGUUUUUACUAACCAAGGCAUUCCAACAAGUGUGUAGUGUACUAUGUGAAACGAGCCGACUCUGCCCGCCUCAUUAAUCCCUCAUGAACAUGUUGAAGCUCCUGGUGCUUCAGAAGGGGCUCACCUUCAAGGUUUAAAGGAAGCUUUCCUGUAGGCACUAGUUAAUGCUCUUGUUAUUACUAGUUAUAACCCAGAAACUUACUAACUGCUAAGAUAACUAACAAACACGCAAGUCCCUGAAAAUAUUCAGCUUCUUUAAUGACACUCAUUAAGUCUUCUGUGAUCGUUCCACUGAUUUCCAACAAGAUUGUUUUUCUGGUACUGCAAGUUUCCUUCCGUCUUAACUAGCUGGUUUGGGACUAAUUAAAGGGUUUAAUAGAGAAAAUAUUCACACGUGAGUCAAGCUGAAAAGAAAGUGGUCUGAGUUAAUUAAAAAUAAGAAAAUAUGAGUUAAUAAAACCAAAAACUAUCCAGAUAUUUCUUUUUUCCCAGAUGCCAAGCCGAGUGGUUUUAGAACUGGUGUUCCUGGAUUCAGACUUUCAGUCAGAUCCUCUUUGUAAUCAUCGCCUUGUUUGCAAACUCAGUAGCUUUAAGGAGGAGAAAAUGAACUACUUGUCAACUGUAUUAUGUGGUCCAAGUUGGUUUGAUAAUCGUGAAGCCGUUACAGUGACAGGCCGCUACAGUCCCAGCAUCAAUAUGGUGCUUGGUUAAUGAAAGCCAGCAUAACGUUCUGGUAACACAUGAGCUAAAACACUUGUAGUUUCAUAUGUGUUUAUAGUUACUGUAUGUCUGAGUCCACAUGUGCACAUUUCUCCUGCUGGUCUUGUUCUCUGUUUUGAUGUGACUUGUUGAUAGUUUGUUGAUAGUUAUUUCAAAAGUCAUGUUCAUGAAAUGAGCGCUUUGCUUUGAAGGUGGUGUAAUCUAAUAGGACUUCAGAUUUAUUUAAGUAACACUUUUAAUACAGGUGUGCAAGCUAUGCACAGGGAAAUAUAUGCCAUGCUUUUAAAACAAUUGGCUGCAGAAAAGCAACCAAAGAAAUUUAAACACCAAAUGAAGCACCCAGGUGUUCGAUUCUGGAUAGAUUAUUUGAACAAAAAGGAGAUCAGAGCUUCUACGUCUGAAAGGAGAAAUGGAAAACUGAAAAGGUUAUACUAAAACUAAAGCUUCUAAAAUUCCUGCCCAGGUCUGAUUAUUAUCAGACUUUUGAGUUAACGCCACCAAAAAAAAAAAAAAAACAAUCUUCAAUCCAAUCGAAAUAAACUGUUACAUGUAUCAUAUGGGUGGAUUGGAGGUACAGCCCAUGAUGUUAUUCAGACAGUAUUUCCACAUUUUAACACCAGUGACCAAUGCUUAAUAACAUUUUAAAUGCGUUUCAAACAUUUCCUCUAAAUUCAUAUUUGUCGAGUGGCAGUUUGAGUGACAUGUUGCAGGCAGUUGCCGGCGGAAACGCUGAGUGAAGAUCAGAGGACGGCUCCCAGACAUGCCAGACAAAAUGAAUUGAACUUGAUGGAGUCUGGUUAGUGUCACAUUUUGGUUUCGCAUUGUGGAAAAAAAAAAAGAACAUCACCUGCCAUGUUGAUCAGCCAGAUGCCACAUAAUGGAUCUGGUUGCACAUUGAAAUCCAUCCGAUUCGGUCAGUUCUUAGUGCUUUACUUGGUGCCAGCGAUGUACGUAUGCACCAACACUCCAUAAAGUGCAUAAAGUGAUUCUAUCAUCUUAAUUCCACCUAUAGAAUUGUUUUUUGCAUUUUAAAUGAUGCACUAUGUAUUUAAGCAUUGCUGAUGAUUGACAAUACAGAGAGGCAGAUUAUAAAGUCUACAGUCAAAGCAAUAGAUCAGACCAUUAUUGGCUGUUGCGCUCACUGUUGUGUACUGUCCAACAUUUGGUGAUGUCAUCAUUCUUAUUUUAUGUUUCUCCCAUAAGCUUUGCUCACAGUGUUGUCAGAAUUUCUCACAUACUGUUGCAUAACAGCGAUUGGUCCGUGUCUGGCUCUGCUGUUCUUUGGGAAUCAUUUGUCUCUUGAAGCCCAUCAGUUCUGUCUGCCGUACUUCUGCUGCUAACAUUCCUGUCAAUGUGUCUUUCCAGUUCCUUUCCUCUGAAAGAAAUUCUGUGGUGUGAAGUAUGAAUCAAGCCUUGGUUAUUGUUUUGUUGCCUUCGGUUACACUGAAUAAAGGUGGACAGAGAGUUAUGGAC